UUCGUAUCGGUUUGCCUGCGUCAGUCAUGAGUGGCCGCGCCAAUAGUCGCAGAACCUGUGAGCUGCGCGCAACGCGGCAGCAGCUGUGGGGUGGACCCAAUAUGGGCGGCCACCAGCUGACCGGCACUGAGUGCUGGCUGCUGCAUCCCGUGGCCAGGGAGGACACCAUGACCAGCCUGGCCCUCAAGUAUGACACCAGCAUUGGGCGGCUCUGUCGCGCCAAUCGCAUGCAGUGGCGGGAUGUGCUGCUGGCGCGUCGCCACGUUUGGGUGCCUCGCCGCAUGCAGCAGGACUCUGUCGUGGCCCAACCUCGGGGAACGCGCAUCCUGAAUGCUGCAGUGUCCUACGCGAGCCAGCGCCAGAGCUACGCCAAUACGGAUGAGUUUGCCAGGGAUCGGGAUCCUUUGCUGAUCACCAGCGAGCACCACAUGUCGAUUGAGGAGUGACAAAUAAAAGCGCGCCACUCCGAUAAGG